AUGGCCGUCAUUCUUGGUUACGGUGGCGUCUUUGACCGCAGCCCCUACCGGGACCAAGCGAUCUCCAAUGCGAAGCAGAAGCAGGUCGACCUGCAUUUCCACCAGAUCUUCCUCCGCGCUAUUGGCUGCAACUGGCUGGUGGUUGGCAUGUGGUGGCCGGUUUUCGCCUUCGUCGCUCUGGGGCUGGAGCACGUCGUGGCAAACAUGUUCUUCAUCCCCAUCGGUUUGUUUCUGGGGGCGCCGGAACUAACCGUGGGUCUGUACAUCUGGAAAGGAAUCAUACCAACCGCCCUCGGCAACAUUCUGGGAGGUGCAGGCUUCUGCGGUGGCUUCUACUACUGGCUCUACAUCUUCGAUGAGCCGAAUAUUUGCGUUGACGGCACUUAUCAUCAGCGGUUAGAAGAAGGCACCCUGUUUGAGUCGCGGAGCCCGACAGUUGCCGCCAAAGCCGUUGGAGACAGGGACAAUAGCUCCUCCGGGGACUUGGCAGGGGCCAACGGCGGCACCAAGCCCGAAUAG